UUUAUCCCCUACACAACCAGACCACAGUUCGCUCUAACGGAGUUGAUGAUAUCAGCAACAAACGCCGCGACAAGGUUUGAGCUUUGUUGUCGUUUGGUCAGGGAGAACUUCGUUGUAGUUCACAAUAAAAAAAAUAAACAAUUUGAUAAACUGACCGCUUGACUUGUGAGAUUAGUAAAGCCAGCAUGAGCCCCAUGAUUCACGAUGGAUUAGCUGAUCUAAAAAUAGAUCUGAAACACUACCACGUGACAAAUACAACUGGAUUUAUGCUCGACCGCCCUCUGACGGAGCUGCCAACCUACUUCAAACCAUGGGAGGACAUCGCCAGCUCUGUGGCCAGUCUCAUAGAGCGUCGAGAACUCAGGAAUGCUGUCCUAAAGAUGCCCCUACUUGACCACAACAAACUGACGGGCCACAGACAGCUGAGACUCGCUCACCUGCAACUGGCCAUGAUCGCGUCUGGUUAUGUCUGGCAAGAUGGUGACGUCAACGUGCCCAAGGUGCUGCCUAAGAGUGUGGCUGUUCCCCUGUAUUACAUAUCUCAACACCUCGGCUUACACCCUAUCCUGAGUCACGUUGACCUGGCUCUAGCCAACUGGACACUAGUGGACCCGGAAGGGCCAAUCGACUUUGACAACCUUGCCUGUAUCUAUCACCUACCUGGUGGGGCAGAGAGCGACUGGUUUUGUAUUGUGACCUUUAUGGCAGAGUUCAACUUCGCCAAGUGCCUAGAGCCGAUGGUGAAUAUUUUAGAAGUUCUAGACAACUACCAGAAGCUUCCUGUGGGUGACGUCACACAGAGAGACAGAAUCGUUGACAGACUGGUGCAACAGCUGGAUGGACUGUUGGCUGGAGUCUUGGAUAUGCAGUACUCACUCACACGCAUGCACGACAAACUGGCUGGGGAUACGUUUUACAAAGUCAUCCGUCCCUUCUUUGGUGGGUGGGGAGGAGAAGGAGGCCCCUUGCCUAAUGGACUGGUCUAUGAGGGCGUGUCAGAAAAUCCUUUAAAAUAUUUUGGUGACACCGCAGCCCAGUCUUCAACCCUUCAACUUCUGGACGCCCUGCUCUGUGUAGAACAUGACCAAGAAAAACGAGACACGAUUUUGCUGAUGAGGAUGUACAUGCCCACAGCCCAUAAAAGACUGAUCGAGGACAUUGAGAACAGGAAACACAAGCUGAGGCAUUUAGUCACUUCAAGUCAUGUGGAUUCACUGACCGAGGCCUAUAACAAGUGUCUUUCAGCCGUUGUCAAGUUCAGAACGGGUCAUCUUCAACUUGUCUCAAAAUAUGUGUUAAUGCCAGCGAGGAAGUCAACACAGGACAGUGUAGAAAACUUAGAUCUUAAGGGAACAGGAGGCACAAGUUUAAUGCCGUUUCUGAAAGGUUUGAAGCAAGAUACACUAGACGCCACAGCAGUUACCAACAAAAGGGACACAUUUUUUGGGAUCAAGUUUGGUGUUUUAGUUGCAGUUGUAGCCUCGGUUGCUGUUGGUCUAGUCGUUAGGCUUGUUGCGAAUAAAAAAUAAAUGUAUAGGUUUAGAUAGCUUUAAAUCAAAUAAAACAGUGCUUAUGGAGUUCGUUUGUUAAGGCAAUUUUCCUACAUUAUAUGUUGGUUAAUAUUGAAUGUAUUGAAUCUAAUUUUACGACUUUUUGUUGGUUAAUAUUCAAGAAAUUGAAGCUAAUUUUCCGACUUUAUUUGUUGGUUAAUAUUCAAGGCAUUAUCGUUUUGUAUAUUUUCUUUUCCAUUUUGUUUAAUUAAAAAAAUUAUAAUUAUAAUUAUUUUUGUGAACAAUAUAUGGUGUACUUUUCAAGGCAUUUAUCAAACAAAAACAGAGAAUAGUAUUUUAGGCACUAAAUCAAACAAUGGUUUAGACUAUAUGGGAGAAGGGGUGGGGAUGGGGACAUGCAGAACUAAAACGUGGAACUCAAAUUACUGCUGUAGCGGCGUAAACAGUUAGUGUUGCCGUCAUGCUCAUGGAGAAUUGAUCAAACAAAGCUGUUUACAAUUGCACCGCCAGGCUCAUAACAAAGGUGUUUACACAUUCAAAGUAAAAUAACUUUUUUAAAACAUUAAAAAAUAAAGUGUUUACUUAUUUACAUUU